ACUCGGAUACAGCAAGGGAUGUUUUACUCUGGGAUUCUCACAGACGGCAGCAAGAAAGAUGCCGACCUCAGAGAAGCUGCUCCCCUUCGCCAGCAGAGGAGAAUGAAACAGUCCGUCCAAUUUAUCCAUAAGGAUUCAGCAGAUCUGCUGCCCCUGGAUGGGCUGAAACGGCUGGGCACCUCUAAGGAUACUCAACCACAUAACAUUUUGCAGAGACGGCUGCUGGAGACCAAUUUGUCCAAAAUCCGAACUAACAGCACAUCUUGGACUUCGAAAAGCGAGCUCUCAACUCAUAGCAACAAGUUCAACCACACGAAAUGCGAACGUAAAGUGGAGGAGGAGGAGGAACUGAUUUUUGUCUGGUGCCAGUCCGCUGGAAUAACUAUAAAGACCUUGAUAGAUACAUCGUGUCAAUACAACCUCAUCUCAUCUGCGUGCCUGGACAGACUGGGGUUAAAGGAACAUUUCAGAUCCUACAGGAAAGAGGACGAGGGUAUUUCUUUGCCGUACAAUGUCAGACCCAUUGGGAAAAUCGAACAUUUGGCUGUGACACUGAGCACUGCAACAAUAAACUGUGCGGCGGUGGUAAUAGAUGACAACGAGAAGCUGUUCUCCAUUGGGCUCCAGACAUUAAGGUCUAUAAAGUGUUUAAUUAACCUGGAGAAGAACCAGCUGGAAUUUGGGAGCCCAGAGCGGGGGUUCCUUCCUUUCAUCCCCCAGACCAACGAUGUGAAAGAAGAGCGGUGAGCACACCUACGUUACUCCAACUCAUCAGAUGCGUGAUUGAGGUAAUGACAAGGCGCCAUCGAGAGAGCUACAACCUUAUCAAGUCAGAACAAAUACCUCCUCCAUCUGCCCAUCUCUGAUGGAUCAUUAACCAGAACCUAUAGCUGGCAUAAACAAAACUCCUGCAGCUCAGGGUACAACUCCCAUCACACUCAGCCACUGGCAGGAGUCGUAUUCCAGAGCUGACAGAGUCCCCAAAGUCGCUAAUCCUGGAUGUUUUUUUGUGCUUUUAAUUAAUGCCGCAUAUCUGAUCACUGAAGUAUCAAAUGUACACAUUCGAAUGGAGAUUUUUUUUAAAUAGAUGUGUUUAUUUUAAUAUGUAUUUUGUAGGAAAAAACAAAAACAAAUAUUCUGCCCAUUGUACAUCUCUCUUAGUUCAGUUCCCUCUGCAUGCUUGGAUUUGCUGUGCCAUAAAGUCGGUAUGCUGGCUCCAAGGGGAUCAUUCACUAAACAGUGAUAAGCGACAACCAGUUUGAGAUAUAAAAAAAAAAAAAACAUACAUACAAUGAAAAUCCCCAGCUUGGCUUCAAGGUAAUUUUUUUUCCGUUAGCUAUUUAGGGUACGUUUUGCAAGCUCACUGCUGCGCACUGUUUAGUGAAUGAGACCCUUGUCUUGAUAGAUCGCCAUUUUUGUACUUAUAACAUGCAUUUUCAUAAAAAAAGCAAAACUAUUUUAUUAGGACAUAAUACAUGCAGUAUGUAACAGAACGUGGGCUGAAACGAAGAUUUAAAUAUAAUUAGUCAUGGCCCUCUCCUUUUUUUCUAGUCCUACACGCUUGCUAUACCCUGUAUCAAUCUGUUAUACCCUCUCUCAUAUACCUUUACCUGUCAGGACAGCCACCCCUCUAAUAUAAUCUGAACCAGACUUGUGCAACGCAUUUUAGGCUUUUACAAAUUGAUACAAUUCUAAUUUUAGAAAAUGUUUGACUCAAUUUAAAAAUUAUGUUUGUAUUAAAGGGACACUAUAGUCACCGAAACAACUUUAGCUUAAUGAAACAGUUUGUGUGUAUAGAUCAUGCCUCUGAAGUUUUACUGCUCAAUUCACUGCCAUUUAGGAGUUAAAUCACUUUUGUUUCUGUUUAUGCAGCCCUAGCCACACCUCCCCUGGCUCUGACUGACACAGCCUGAAUGAAAAAAACCUGUUUCACUUUCAAUCACAUGUAACUUACCUUAACAUACUUUAUCUCCUGCUCUGUAAAUUAAACUUUAAUCACAUACAGGAGGCUCUUGUAUGGUCUAACAAGCUAUUAACAGAGCAGAAGAUAAGAAAAUCUAAAUUAAACAGAACUUGCAAUAAAGUAAAGAUGAACAUUAGAUGAUUCUUUACAGGAAGUGUUUAGGAAGGCUGUGCAAGUCACAUUCAGGGAGGUGUGAUUAGGGUGCAUAAACAAAGUGAUUUAACUCCUAAAUGUCAGGUAAUUGAGCAGUGAGACAGCAGGAGCAUGCUCUAUACACCAAAACUGCUUAAUUAAGCUACAGUUGUUUUGAUGACUAGUGUCCAUUUAAAAAAAAUCUGAUGAGGAAGCCCUAAAAUGAAGAGAAAAGGUUGCCUAUAGUGUCCUUUUAACAAAAAAAAGAACUCACAAGCUGUAAAUGAGUGAUUAAAAGUUGGUGUUAGGUGACAGAGCCUACUAGAUGUGCGCACUGUGAACAAUUUUUGGUUCUCCCCAAACGGUACGGUUCUGAUUUAAAAAAAGUUUUGGUUGUGAAGAAUUGUAGUCGAAGUUCGAUUUGGAAUUCUGUAAUUUCAAAAGACACCGAAUUGGUCGAAAUUCCACUGAAUGACUAAAUGGGUCAGUUAAAUCUUUCUCAGCCAAUUCCGAUGCUCCCAUUGUUUGUAGUGGGAACGCUGUACAUGUCCAGCAGUGAGUUAUGGCAUAUGUAGUUCACUUCCAUGGUGUGUGCAACCACUUAGAUAGAAAAACAUAUAAUGCUGCCACUUCGGGAACAUACAGCAUUUCACUCACAACUUCUCUCUGCUAGUUUGUACUCCCUAGGCACCUCAUAGCUUGGCAUUUGUCUCUGGACUACAAGUCCCAUCACCCACAUUUCAUUGAUCAAUCUAACAAUUCCAUCAUGCAGAAGGUUUCAUUUGAUAAUUGCUCCAAAGACUCGAGUUUGCUCUUCAUUGACAUGUCCUGCUGUCUGUUACUGCUUAUCUCUGGCAUAUAAGCCGGCGUCUUUACGGCUGCAAAGGAUUGUCCGUUAAAAGCCAUAAAUCUUUUUGUGACAUUAAUUCUAAUAUCCCUUGAUGCACAGACUCAGGAUGAUAUUCUUAUACUAUAGCUUUAUUACUGUGACGCCCUAUUGAAAUUACGCUCUGAUCGAUCCCUUUUUAACAGUUCCUACAACAAGUGCCAUAAUACAAAAUGAGACUUAUUCACUAAUUGGCGGAUUGAAAUGAGUUGGCGGGUAACUUGCAUAGCCUAGGGUACUGUAGUGAAGUUGGAAGAAUGGCAGAAUUAGGGAUUUGUUUUUCCGAUGUAACUAUUGCAACAUUCUCCCAACUCACUGCUUAGUGGACACACAGUACGAAUACAAUUUCUUAUGAUAUGAAAGAGGUUCAUUUUAUCUUCUAGCCAUCAAAGCGCUGACAAUCUGCCUGUUUAGCAAAAGUACCAAUAUUACUGCUAUUUAUUACUGUGAAAUCUUACAAUAAA